ACCCUGACACAGGUGUUAAAUAAAUCUGCUUAAAGGAAGCUCUUAUUUUUUUUUAUUAAAAACAAGUCUGAAUUCAACUAAAAACAUUAUUUAUUUUAUAAUAAAAGCAUUGAUAUUAUUUGCCUGCACAACAUUUUGAUGUCAGCCAUAAAAUAAUAGCAGAAACAUCGUUGCAUCGAUAGUUUCGUCACUUCUACAACAGGCAUAGUGAAGGCUAGUGGAGGAAUAAACAAACAAAUACACGUCUCGCAUUGUUUUAAAUUAACAACAAAAAAUGUGAACAAUCUAUAAAAUCAAGCAAUAGCAAUACCAAAACAUACUACCGACUACAGGAGAAGGUUGAAGCGAACCAACAACAUUUAUAGAAGCAUCGCCAGCUGGUGAGGAAGAGAGAAGAGAAGUUGAAAAUUGCCGAUUUUUGUUGGCAGAGAAACAGGCGCAGUGGAGCAGGAGCUGGAGAAGCAGAAGGAGCAGACAGACAACAACGCUCAGGUCAGCGUGCUACAUAUUUUCUGUGCCAAGUUGCAAAACAACAGCACAAAAAAAAAAGGAAAAACAAGAAAAAGGCGAGACAACACUUUGUGGUCCAGAAGCGGCGCUUCGGCCAUUUGUGUGCCAUGCUGUUGUCAACGUCAGCUGUGCUAUUUUGAUAGAGAGCCGAAGAGGUGUAAGAGCGAGAGCGAAAGAGUGUGAACGAGCAAGUGUGUGCCAGUAGGAACGUGAGAGGAAGUCAAGUGCAGUGGAGUACAGGAGAGGAGAGGAGAGGAGACAACAAGCUGCCGUCGCCGUCGCCGUCGUUGUCGUCGUCGUCGUCUCCGUCGCCUAACCAGUGAAACAACAACAGCAAUAAUAACAACAACAACAAGAGGAAAGUGUGUGUGUGUUGGCAAGCAUGCGAUUCAAUAAAGCGGAGCUGGCCUCCUUGGUAUCCAAUCCAUCGACCAGAUUUGACAAAGAAGGUCUGCUGAUAAUAAUGGAGCGACAGGAGGGCAUCUUUUGGCGCACGGAUGUUAAAUUGGAAUGCUGGUGCAAGCUCCGCGGCAAUCUGCUCUUCUAUCUGAAGGACAAGAAUCCCUUUUCAUCGCUCGCCGGCGUUUUUGUGCUCCAGGAUUGUCAGCCUCGCAUACAAGAUGAUGCCCAGUUGUCCGAUUUGGAUGGCUAUGUCUUUGAUCUAGACUUCAAGGACAGUCCCACGCAACGGCUGGUCACGCACAGUGCCUCGGAUCGCUUGGAUUGGGUGCGUUGCAUACAGUCGUGUUCGAAUGCCCAAAUCGAUUUGCAAAUCGAACAUCUGAAGGCGCAAAUUGCCUCACAUAUGGGCAAUCGCAUUGAUCAGGGUUUGCCGCUGCCAUACGACGACGAAUCCUUGUGGACAGAAGAUGCAACAACUGCGACAGCAGCAACAGAGGCGCCCUUUGAAGAACUUGCAGAGCCGCAGUCGGAGCUCUCGGAGCUGCCCAUCUGCGAGACGGCCAUCUCCUGUGAUAAUCUGCCGCUGGACGGUUUCGGUCGUCCGCCAAAUCCGCGCGUCAUCUGCUCGGUGCUGCAACCGACCAGCGACACUUGCCUCUGGCGGCAUCAUGCACGCACCGAACUCUUGGAGCGCACACGAGCUCCCCAGUUCCUGUGCACCAUGCGCUUCCUGCGCAGCGCCGGCUUCGGAGCCGACACCAGGCUGCGAUUCAGUGUGCACGAUGUCCGCGAACGCGUCUCGCUCACAUCCCUGCCCCUGGGACACGCCGAGGUGGCGUUGGGCGUCAUCCAGGAUGCGACUCGCCUCCGUUUGCCGUUGAGCUCGCCACGCGGCGAAUGCGGCUUCAUAACGCUCGCCUCCUGGGCACCCGAAGCGGCGGCUGCCGAACUGGGCGCCAGGGGUGCUGCUGCUGCUAGUGGUGCAGGUGGCGGUGGCGGUGGCGGUGGUCUGCUGCAGCCGCCACCGCGUUCCAGCACACAGAUGUUCGAUCAGGCCAGCGACAGCUCGGGGCGACGGCAAAAAGGUCAUCGUCGCACACAAUCGCUGCCACCGAAGCUGGGCGUGCGUCUCUUUGUGCCACAGCUGUGUGGCAUGGAGCGGGUCUGUGCCAAUCCUCGCCUGCACUCGUAUCGGCUGCACUCGUCGCUGGGCGCCGACAUCAGUGUGCUGGAAACGAUGCUGGAGUCGAGAGUCUGCUGUGCGGUGCCUCAGCAGCUGCUCUCGAUUUGGAUACAACGCGAGAAGGAGCUGCUGCAGGAGAUCUCGGGCAUGGGCGAGUUGAGCGGCGAAUGGCGGUGGCGACAAAUGAAUCUGCUCGAGGAGCACUUGCGUCUCCUCAAGGAUUACUCGCAGGCCAAGCAGAACAUUCAGCAGCUGAUGCGCGACGGCGUCUUCUACAAGCGCAGCUCCACCAAAACCGACGAAUCCCUCGAGUUCCUCCCCGUCAAUCUUCACGUGCAACGCAUGUGGGCACAGAACGAUACGCUGCAGCGACGUGGACUCCUCGACAUUGUGACUGUGGGCGCGUUUACGCGUCACGACGCCAAGGGUCGCAAGUGCGGCGGCCUCAUCAAACUGCUGCAGGAGAGCAAAGCCUGGAAACUGGAGCAGAGCAACGCGUGCAAGGUGCAGGCGGCCAACGAUGCCGUCCAGGCGACCAAGCAGCUGCGCAAGGAGAUCGUCGAGCUGAUGUCGCAGCUGCUGCAGUUGGCUAGUCGUCGGAGUGCCCGCGACAUGAUGCCGCUGUGCAACGAGAUGGUGGCAAAGACACGAACGCUGCUCAACAUUUGGGAGCCGAGCAUUGUGGAGGAGGCGGUGAACUUCAUCGAAUGCCAUCGCAUCAUCGAGGAGCCGGAGAAUGUGCUAAUGGAGCCAAUGUCGCCGUUUCGCAAGAUCACCCAACAAUUGAGCGCCUUGGAAUUGAAGUCGCCGGAGCUGGAGGAUUUUGCCACACCGGUGGUGGCGCCACCGGAUUUGUGGCCACGCGGUCAGCCGUUGAUGCGUUCGAAUAGCUGGCAUCCGAGCAAUGCAUCGCCAUCGAGUUCGCUGGACAUCAAUGCCAUCUAUACGCUGCAGCAUGUGGUCAAGUGCUACAAUGCGCAUCUGCGCAACUUGGAGCAGCAACAGCAGCAGCUGAAACAACAACAACAGGCCAACGCGUUGGACGAGGCAACAUAUCAGUCACUGCCACCCAGCUGGCAGGGCGUAACUCCGCCUUCAGUGCAGCUUAUCGAUCUCGAUGAGAUGGUUAGAGCGAGACAACCGCGUCCUCAUCCUUCUCAGCCGCCUGCUGGCUUUCUCGAUACGAAGCUGAUGAGCUCGUCACCCUCGGCCAACUACUAUCGACCCACAGAGGAGCCCGAACCGAUCGAUCUCACCCAGCUGAACAUUGAGGCGAGCGUCAUGUGUUUGGUGAGCAAACUAAAGUUCUUUUGUGGUCGCUGCGACAGUCCCGCCAUCCGAUUGCGUCAUCCCAAGGCACCCAUUAAGCGAGAAGGUUUCACUGUGGCGCCACAGCAGCAGCAACAGUCGCAGGCUCAACAACAACAACAGCAGCAGCAGACGCCCGAUGUGAUAGCUGCCUCCAGUAAUAAGGAGCAGGCGCAAACACAGCUGAAACUGGAUUUGACAACGCAGGAGACAACGCCAUUGCCGGCAGCUAAAAAGGGCAACAAAUUCACCGAUGGCUUGGAUCUAUCGUUGACAACCGAUUGGGUGGCUGAACUGCGUCCCAGCAUGCGCAAGCUGCGACAUGCCAUGGAUCGCCUACUGAAGACCGCCAGGCUGAUGCACUCUGUCCAACGGCUGCAGCAGGAUGUGCGCUGCAAUCGACUCCAGGCGAGCAUCAUGUAUCGACGUGACGUCUGCUUCUCUCAAGCGUUAACGGCAUUGGUCAGCGCCUUGAUGCUGCGCCUUUGGGGCAGUGAGCUGGACAGCGCCUACAUGACGCUGCUGAGAGAACUGGGACCGCUGGCGUACUUUGAGGGACUGCUGUCGCUGUAUGGCGCCGAGACGGACAUGUGGAGUGACAUGUGCAUUGCCAUCGAGGACUUGUCGGCCGUCAGCUUUCGUUUAGUGUUGGCUGCCCCUAGUGAACGGACGCCGAUGCCACGGAUCACGGGAUCGCGACAGGCGCUGGAAGUGUUGUUACCGGUGCCGGAGCAUGCGUUGCCGCACAACAACGGGCAGCUGCCGAGCUUUAAGAUCACGCCCGUCUUCUUCAACAUUGGCAUCAACGAGAAGGCGACUCUGGGUCAGACCCGUGAACAACAUCGCUCCAAUCUCGACAACUAUCUGCGAUUGCAGCAGUACUUUAGUCGCUAUCGCAAGCUGGGUUUGAGUGCAACCGCUGCCGCUGUGGAUGUGAACUGUGCCACCGCCGAUCCGCUGGACUCGCUGCACUCGGUGCUGGGCUUUAUGGAGCAACAGUUGCGCGCCAAUGUGACGAAGGACGUAAAGAUCUUGCAUCUGGCCGAGGAUGCAUGCCGUUUGAUGGGCGGCCUGCGAUUCACGUCAUGCAAAAGCGCCAAGGAUCGCACCGGCAUGGCUGUCACCCUCGAGCAGUGUCGUGUGCUCGUCCGCGAGUUUCAGCUGCCCGCCAAGCAUGUGCCCUAUGCACUGAGCACGAUGCGCAGCGAGGGCACACGCAUGGACAAUGUGUUCAAGAAUAUUGGCAAGCACAAGUAUGCCUUCAAUUUGCCGCAGGUGAUCAUGCUACCGGCCAUGUACAGGCCACCAGUGGGCGCCUAUGGCAAAGCGCAGACCUAAAACUUCCAGUUAUACAAAGAUCGACUAUACAGAUCGGCAUUUAGACUUAAGCUUCAAUCAUAACGAGUACUUAUUGAGAAUGAUUGCAUGAAGAGAAAAACAAAACAAAACAAAACUGUGCCAAAAAAUCGUAAGAACGUAAAUUAAUCAAAAAAGAAAAACGAACGAAAAUCUAAACGAAAUGCAACUUAAUUAAUUAACUAGACAGGCUCUGAGAAAAAUGUUUGUUAACUCGCGAGA